UCGAUACGAGAAAAGUCUCUUCCUUGCUUGAUGAAUGUGUCAGUAAGGUUUGUCGUCGAUCGUCUAUAGCAAGUAAUAGUAUACCAAAGGAUUCGCAAUCAGCUUGAAUCAGCCUAUCUGCUGUGCAGAACCGAAAUGCCGUCGGACUCUCGGCAUCAUCGCCGCUCAAGGAGUCGCGAAAGGGACCAUGACAGACAUGAGCGCUCCUCGUCACGGAGAUUUGGUGGAGAUGAUCGCCCCCACCGGAGCUACCAAAGCAACGGAGGGGGUAUGAUGGCAUCCCAGGGAGAAUCUUAUUGGGAGGACCGGCGACGACAGCGUGACCAGAUCGCCACGGAAGGUGCACCGGAAGCGUGGGGACUUUCCCCAAAGCAUCCACCCCCUGACUCGGACAUGGAGUCGCCGAAGCCCUCUUCAUCCGAAUCAGAUUCCAGCGAUACAGAUAGCUCUGAAGAUGGGCGCCGGAGAAGGCGAAGGCAUAAGAAGGGCAAGAAGAGCAGGAAACACUCGAGUCACAAGAAGAGAAAGAGAAAGCAUGACUCGGACUCAGAUGAUGAUCUGCGCGACCAAGCUGUGGAGCAAGUGUGGGUCGACAAACAGAAUGCCAUAAACGGUGAUGUGGGACCUGUACCACCUACUGCUGGUCAGGAGAUGGGCUAUCAAGACUAUGGUGGAGCUCUGCUGCCAGGAGAAGGUGCGGCUAUGGCUAAGUUCGUCAACGAGGGCAAGCGUAUUCCGCGUCGUGGUGAAAUCGGUCUCACCUGUGAUGAAAUCACUCACUUUGAAGACGCCGGUUACGUGAUGAGUGGUAGCAGACAUCGCCGCAUGGAGGCUGUGCGUAUCCGUAAGGAAAACCAGGUGUACAGCGUCGACGACAAGAAAGCACUGGCGAUGUUCAACUACGAGGAGAGGUCGAAGCGAGAGAACACGCUCAUGUCCUCCUUCAAGAACAUGGUGCAGAAGAAGGCAAGAGAGCGCGAGAUGGGACUGUGAUCGGGUACUGUUACACAUCAUACACACUACUGCUAUAUCUUUCGGCGUUCACUCAUUCAUUCGUCAUCAUCCACUAAAAAAAUAUUCCGAAACCAUAUGUCACCAUCAGCGCCCACAAUGCUGGCUCAUUGUGGAUGCUGUUGUCUUGUAAAUAUUUCAAGUAGUGCCGUAUAGGUAGAGAACCGGCCGAUGCGUUGUGCAAUGUGCACGCUUCUUCGCCUGCCUUUGAUACGUUUAGGGACUGCUUCUUGUUCAACUUCUAUUUCUCUGCCACGUCAUUGUUAAUUUAGGAGCGUAUGCCGGUCAUAUCCUGUCCCCUACCGCUGUGCAUAUCAAAGUGUGCAACAUUCGUUCAACUAUUCACCGUUGAAUGCUCUUGCUCAAAAUAACGUAUUCUUACUGUUUGCAUCAAGCCUCGUGUGGCCCGCCAGCUGCAGAUUUUUUA